CCUGAGUCCGGCUGGGUGCUGACGUAGAGAAACUUUCUCAGCCGCUGAUGAGGAAGCCCAGGCUGAACUGGAAUCACCGAGCUUUGGAAGAACUAUUCUCCCUGGAGCCCUGCGCGUUUGGCGGGACCACCCGACAUCACUUUGUAAGUCACGUGAUAUUUUAUGAAGAAUACAAGAGAGAACAACACUUGGAAAAUGCUGCUAUCAAAUGUGAUAUAAUCUAUAUAACAUCUUGUGUCUCAUCCAGUUGAAUUGAGCAUACUCAGAAAGCUUGCUAUGGAAAUUUGGGAGGGUAAAGUGCAGCAAAAUCAAGCAUUGACUUGGCUGCGCCUCAUCAUCAUGAACCGUGCUUUUAGCAGGAAGAAAGAUAAAACAUGGAUGCAUACUCCUGAGGCUUUAUCGAAACACUAUAUUCCCUAUAAUGCAAAGUUUCUUGGCAGUACAGAAGUGGAACAGCCCAAAGGUACCGAAGUUGUGAGAGAUGCGGUUAGAAAAUUAAAGUUUGCAAGACAUAUCAAGAAAUCUGAAGGCCAGAAAACUCCUAAAGUUGAAUUACAAAUAUCAAUUUAUGGGGUAAAAAUUCUAGAACCAAAAACAAAGGAAGUCCAGCACAAUUGUCAGCUUCAUAGGAUAUCAUUUUGUGCAGAUGAUAAAACUGACAAGAGGAUAUUUACUUUCAUAUGCAAAGAUUCUGAGUCAAAUAAGCAUUUGUGCUAUGUGUUUGACAGUGAAAAGUGUGCUGAAGAGAUAACUUUAACGAUUGGUCAAGCCUUCGAUCUGGCCUACAGGAAGUUUUUAGAAUCUGGAGGAAAAGACGUUGAAACAAGAAAACAGAUUGCAGGGUUGCAGAAAAGAAGCAGCAGAAGGAGCAGAUGCUGGAUACAAGAACUAGAAACUGAGAAUACAGAACUCAGAAAUAAAGUCCAGGAUUUGGAAAAUCAGCUAAGAAUAACUCAGAUAUCAACAUCUCCAGCAGCCAGUGUGAUGCCUAAAUCACCUUCCACUGACAUCUUUGAUAUGGUUCCUUUUUCUCCCAUAACUCCUCAGCCAUCAACACCUACUCGCAAUGGUACACAGCCUCCUCCAGUACCCAGUCGAUCUACGGAGAUAAAACGAGACCUUUUUGGAGCAGAACCUUUUGACCCUUUUAACUGUGGAGCAGGUGACUUCCCUCCAGAUAUCCAAUCAAAACUAGAUGAGAUGCAGCGACAGAGAUGGAGGGGUUCAAAAUGGGACUAACUCUUGAAGGCACGGUAUUUUGUCUCGAUCCAUUAGAUAGUAGGUGCUGAUGCCAAGAACAAGAGAUCCUGACUCUUGUAUGACAUUUCUUUUUAUCACUAUUAUUAUAAUGUGUAAAACAAGUAUUAUCCAUGUGCCAAAAAUUUUUGUUUUUAAUCAUGUUAACUUCUGUGAGAUAUGCUUCAGUAAGACUUCAAUGCAGAUUCAUUGUGGACCUGUAAAAUUGUAAAAAGCCACAUCUGCAUGUGAGCUAUUCAUUAAGAUACAACAUUAUGUUCCUUUCUUCUUCUGUUGGAGAUAAAUUUAUGUUACUAAAGAAGAGAGAGUUUCCUAAUUCUUCUCCUAUUUCUGGGUUUUAAGUUGGUACAUUACCUUUUUUAAAGUCCACUAGAAUAUUAUUGACUUCCAUUCAAUUCUAACUUAAUAAUUUUUUCCUGGUAGUUUGAAAAAAAAAGAAAGCGUCUAAUGGAAAACUCAGGACUAGCCUAGGCACUUGAGAAAUCGAAUUCUGACUAUGUCUAAAUGAUACACAUAUUAGCCAAUUCAGUGGGAGACAGAAAAAUGGUUAUUUGGUGGUAUGAGAGCCCUAAAGAAGUGGUUUGGAUUUUCAGUUUGCUUUGCUGGCAUCAUGUAGUUAUAACCAAUUAUUUUACAUAUUAAACCUAUGGAAUUUUCAUAAAUCAUGAGCCUUGUAUAUCAUUGUGUCUAUUAGUUGCUUCAUAUCACUGGAGAAUUUUACACUUUGAAAAUAAUGACCUCAGGUCACUAACUUUCAGAUUGGUGAAACGAGUAGUGAAUAUAAAUGAAAAGGAUAAUAAAAUUCAAUGUACUUAGAAUAUAUAGUAGCAAACAUAGAUGCCAGGUUAACUCCAAUUAUUAUAUUCAAUUGUUCAUUAUGUUUCUUUUUAUCUUAAAAGAAAAUACAGAAAAUCACUUUUAAAUACCAUCUUAUUUCAAAUGACAGCAAUUAUAUAACAAAGCAUAUGUACCUCUCUAAUUUGAUAAUGCAGAGAAAACAUAUUGGGACCUAGAUUCUGCAUAUAUUUACAACACAUUGUACCUGUAUGUACUUUAGAAAGCAUUUUUCUCCAUGAAAGUCCAUGUCUUAUUGGAAUAUCUUCCCUUGACAUUGGUAUCGCAUUUGGUGACUAGCACAGUGCCUUGCACGUCUUAGGCAUUUUUCUAAGUAUUUGUGAAAUUGAAUCUCAGAUACAUAAUUUGAGAUCCCAAAAUUAGCAUUGGUAUUUAACAUCUAUGACAACCAUUCUGUAUGAGUAAGUAAUUAUUGUUAGCGAUAUGAUGUGACCAAAUUUCACUUUAACCUGAAUUUUUAAAAAUACAAAUCAUUAUGCGUCAUCAUACAAAUUAAGUUUCUCCUAGGGCCAGAGUAUAACUGACUUGGCUACUUAUAUUCCAUUAAUCAUUAAUGUGAGCAAUAAAAAUUUUUAUUUAAUAUCAUUCAUGAUUCAGUUAUGACCUUGUUCAUUGAAAAUAUUUUUAUUAUACAGCCCUAUACAUGCUUAAAAUGUGUAGUACCGGGGCAGCUAGGUAGCAAAGUGGAUAGAGUACCAGUCCUGGAUUCAGGAGGACCUGAGUUCAAAUGUGGCCUUGGGCAUUUGACACUUACUAUUUGUGUGACCCUGGGCAAGUCACUUAACCCCAAUUGCCUCACUAAAAAAAAAAAUGUAUAGUACCUAUAGUAAAGUACUAUCCUAAAAAUAAAUCUUAUUAGGUUUCCCCUAAUACCACCUUACAAAAAAUAACUUAAAGAUUUGAUGAUCUAGAAAGAGAUGAGGAGUGGGUAGAAGUCCUCUCCCCCCAAAAAGAGGUUUUCUUUUUUGAUUCAUGGACAUUUGCUUUGUUCUAUUCUUGGAUUAAAUUUAACCUGGGAAAACAUUAACUAUGUUUAUGCAACAUCAUAAUAAUUUGAGUUUUUCAUUUUCGAAGGUGUAUAUGAAUCUUCCUCUUUUCUACUUUACCUUCACAUUUAUCACUAAUUCCAGAGUAGUAUAUGUCUCAUCAAAAAGAAGCCUUUAUAAUUUUGUUUGUCACAUAGUAUUUUGGAAUUUGUAUAAUGAGGGUGUUUAGUAGCCAUAUCUCAAUGGAUUUUUUAACAGAUAGAAUUUGUAUUUUUAUUGUACUUUAAAAAGCUUUAUGUAAUAGGCAUAUAUUUAGUGGCCAUUUACUAUCAAUGGUAACACAAUACAGUACUAAGAUGAUAUUUGCACACUUAAUGAACUUUUUCUUUACUGAUUUUUUAACGGUAAUCAGGUAUGGAAAUGGCAUGAUUAAAUAAUACAUAACUGGUCAUUCAGUUCAAAAAUGCUAAAUUCAGCAGUGUGUUUUUAAUGAAAGAUUUGGUUGAAAACUGUAUAUCUUUGUAAUCUCAAUGGUAUGUUUGAUUUUGCUGCAAAUAAAUGUUUUUAAGUAAAUUGUGUUGUAAAAUUCAUUCAUUGAACAGUCUACAGGGAAUACAGAUAUCAAAACUAGUUGCUACAUUUUCCUUGAUAAUUUUCCUUGUUAUGAAAUAUACCCCCUUACAAAAGAAUAGUAUUUACUUAAUAAUCUGUCCUAUUUUCACAGUUUCUUUAAUUCUUGCAGUAUAGAUGGGUUUCAGUCAUUCUGAUAAAAUAUUUUAAAAUUGUGAAAAUAGCAAAAAAAAAUAUCAGAAAACAAGGAGACAUAAACCUUUGGAGCCCUAUUUUUGUGCAUGUAUGUCUCUGUAUGCCUAUGUAUGUGUUUUCUUGAAGCAACGCCAUAUGAAGAGCUGUACCCGAGACCAUGCUCUGUGAAAUUUCUUUUUACUUCUUGAGUCUGCUAAUUAGAGACGUAAUGAAGCAUGCUUAUUUUCAUGAGCAGUUCUGGACCUCUAUAUAUUUUAUAUGUGUAUAUAUUCUAUAUAUACUUUCUUUCUAUAUAUGUGUGUGUGUGUGUGUGUGUGUGUGUCUAUAGCUAUAUGUUCCAUCUGUAUGAUGGAAAGAAUUUCAUUAAUGGAGGCCUUAAUAAAAGUAGGUAAUGUCAGUGCUAACCCUUGUUGCUUUAAGACCAGUUUGACACUUACUGUGUGACUGAAAAAGUUACUUGACAAGAGUUUAAGUUCUAAUGAGAUAACAAUAUUUGACAGGAGCUGGCCGCAGGAAACAAUAUAACCCAAACUUUGAAGUUAAACCUUUAAGAGACUACUCUGGAUCUAAGAGUUGUGAAGUCAGAGUCUUCAAAAGAUUAAAGGUGUCUGCAGUUUAAGAAGGAAAGCCAGCUUUCCUUGAAGAAGUUGUUAAAGGAAACUAGUGAGUUGGUUGAGCCAUGUUCCCAGUACAACACAAUAUUAGAGCUUUUUUUA